AUGGCCAGUGAUCGACUGUACGCCAGCCUGCUGCUUCUUUCUGGUCUCUUUCUCUGCUUCCAGCAGUCCAGCCCCAUGCUAGAGUGGUUGUUUGGAGAUGAAAAAGUGGAAGCUAGCGAUGGAACCUCGGUAUCGGAUAGCAGUCGGUUUGAAGUCUUGUCUUUUGAUGAGAAGUUUUUGGAGUUCGCGAAAACUUUGAACGACAUGUCGCCUUUGGAUGCCUGCUAUAACAUUGUAAUCUACAAUCUAAAGAAGAAAUGUGGAGAGUUGGCAGAAGAAGAGCUGGGAAAACUGUCAGUGCAGCUUCUGAAUUGUCAGUCGGAAGUGGAGGACAGGCCUGUGUAUCCGUGCACAAACUCUAUGAGCUUGGCAGACUGUACAAAAACGAUGGAUGCGAUCACGUGGAAUAGUUACCAAAUUGUCGGGAAUCGAGCCCGGGCCAUGUGCUAUGCCAGCCAGCAGGUACAGUUUCGCAAGUUGACUGAAGCAACAGUCAAUAAGUUGGCCUCUGUCACCAAUGAACAGAUUAAAACUCUGAGUGACUUGAAGGUUGGACAGGAACAGCUGCAUUCUCUGACAUCGGAAACUGUUAGGAAACUGUACGAGAGCCAGCAGGAUCUGUUGUCCACUCAGUUAUCCUUGCGUGAGGCCCACGAAGGCAUCUUCAACCACAUCGCCCUAAAUGUGAAGGAGAUCAUGCAGGAGAAGGCCCUGAUUGCUUCAGGAAAUCAGGAGCUGGCGGCCAUGACUGAAAACAUCCGAAAGAAACUGGAUUCAACAUCUGAGCAGAUUAAAGAAAGGGAAUUUGUUGAACACAAGAAGCAUGAGAGAAUACUUCAGGACCUCAGGGAGAUACAGGAAAGCACAGAAGCAUCUGUUGGAAAACUAGAAUCUAGUUUGAUGAGCUUGUUGACGAAAUUUGAGCAACUGGAUGGCCAGUAUGCGGGGAUGUCCAUGAGUUUGAAGAAGAUGAAUACAACGAUGAGUGAUCUAAUGUCAGCUCUGGAUUCACUUGGGCAGAAUUUGAAUGAGCGGAUUAACUGGAUAUCUCAGCUGCUGGAUGGAACAGAUGACAAACUGUCUGCAAUGUCCUGCUGUUUGCUGCACAUUGCCUACUUCUUCCUUGUUGCCAGUGUGGCCACCUUCCUGCAAAUAUCCAUCCCUGUGCGACUGGCCAUGCUGGUGAUCAUUGUUGGAAAUGUGGCGGCGGAGCUGAACUAUAACCACAGUUUUGAUUUUGCUGGCCUGACAGUGUUUUUGUUUACGGCAUAUUUUGGCUUCAGGUUAGUCUGUUUUAUGGGGCACAAAUUUAAGAUCUCAAAAGGCGCCUAUAUGCCAGGCAGUGUCCUGCAGGCAAUGAGUACCCACCCAGAACCCCUUUCUUCACAAGAAGUCAGGACUUUGCUAAAUCUGCUCCAGAGAUUUUCAAACACAGUUUCAGACUAUCAGAAUAUAGUACCAUCUCCUGUUGCCAAUGGGACAGUCAUUCAUGACACAGUUCCUCGCUCGGAGACGCCUCUUUCUGAUUUCAAUAGGUCCAAUAACAGACCUGAACCAUCCAGCUCACAUCGAGCCAGUAGUACCUUGGAGGUUAGUGGUCCAUUUAAUACACAGAUGACACGGAGACAUUUCAUUGACCAUUUGCAAAGUCCCGGCUCAAGGUCUUCAUCAAGAUCAGCCACACCAACACCUAGUGAAUCCAGGUCUUCCACACCUGGUGGUUUGCGCUGCCAAGCAAACACAGUAACAGGACUCCAGUGUAGGUUGCCUGUGCUUUCAGGGUCUGACUUUUGCCGGGUUCACACAGGAAGGUAA